AUGGUGUCGGAGGGUACAAAGUUGAACGUGAUGCGGGGCAGCGUCGUUGUCAGUGCGGCGGCAGCGGCGCUGUACCUCGGCGCCACGGCGAUGCUGCCCAUCUUCCAGCUGAACGUCGACAAGCUCAACUCCUCCAUCACACAGUUUCUGUGGACAACGGACAUCUACACCCCCCUCUGGGAGAAGCACAUGUCUGUGAAGUCGUUCCUGAAGAAUUGCGACAACCUGGUCACUGCGUUUCAGGUGGCGCAAGUGUCCACUCUUCUCGGCAUCGCCGCCCUCACUCUGGCCUUUCUCUGUGCGGUCUUCCACAUGUCGCCAACCUUCACCCAGUCGAGGUAUCGCGUGCGCACAGUCUGUGGGGCGCCGAUUUGCACUCUGUUGACAGUGGCUCUCAUCGCGACUGGAGUGAACUGCUACCUCAUGCACGCCAUGUACGAGAACAAGUGGUGUGAAAACUCAGCGUACGAGCCGAUGGUCGCGACCCAUUUCUCAUUUCCCCCCACUUCGGCGCUCACUCAACCAAGCCGCAGGUAUCUGCAUGAGGUGUGGCAGUACUGGCGGUUCUUCUCAAUCCCACGUCUGAGAACGAAGCCUCGCCUGUCUCCGCAACCCAAGACCACCUUGAGGAAUUCAGAUGGCGCUGUUAGGCGUAUUUUGACUCACCGCCUCUUCGGGGACUGCAGCCCGUUCGACGGCUGCAUCGUCUCCUUCCGCGAGAUGGGGUUCAAGGUUGUGGCAGGGUGGCAGGCAACGUGGGCGGCGCUGGCGGUGGCCAUUACCGCCUUCUUCGCGGAGCUGAUGGUGGUGAUCGUUGGUGGCAGACGCCUCGUGGAAGCCGGUGUGGGCGAAUCGGCCGUCGUACUGCUUCAGGGCGAGGACGAGCGCCUGCUGUAA